AUGUCCGACGCUGCUGAGACCAAGCCUAACCCCGCCACCGGCGCUCCUGAGGAGAAGCCCCAGGAGACCACCCCCGCCGCCGAGAAGCCCACCGAGGAGAAGUCUGCCACUGAAUCCGCUGUCGACGCGGCUAAGGAGGCCACCAGCAAGACCACCGACAGCGUUUUCUCGAUGUUCGGCGGCGGCCCCAAGAAGGAGAAGAAGGAGGAGCCCGAGGAUGCUAAGGAUGAGCCCUCCGGCUCUUCCAAGGCGCAGAAGGGUGAAGAUGAGGAUGAGGCCCCCGAAUCCCCUGAAGUUCACUUCGAGCCCGUCAUCCGCCUGACUGAGAAGGUGGAAACCAAGACCAACGAGGAACUCGAGGAGCAGAUGUUCAAGAUGCGUGCUAAGCUCUUCCGAUUCGACCGUGAAAGCAAGGAGUGGAAGGAGCGUGGUACCGGAGACGUUAGACUGCUUAAGCACAAGGAGAACCAGAAGACCCGCCUGGUCAUGCGCCGAGACAAGACCCUCAAGGUCUGCGCCAACCACUACAUCGUUCCCGACAUGGAGCUCAAGCCCAACGUUGGCAGCGACCGCAGCUGGGUUUGGAAUGCCACUGCCGAUGUCAGCGAGGGUGAGACGGAACCCCAGACCUUUGCCAUCCGUUUCGCCAACAGCGACAACGCCAACCUGUUCAAGGAAUCUUUCGAGAAGGCCCAGCAGGAGAACGAGAAGAUCCUCAAGCAGGAGAACAAGGACUCUGGCGUCGAAGGCUUCCCUCUCCGAGCGUGGUCGAUUGAGAUCUACCUGCUCAAUGAGCACGGUGAGCAGGUGCCUGCCAACGUCUUCGAUAAGGUCGUGUACUCGUUGCAUCCCAGUUUCGGUGAUAGAUAUAAGCAGACCUUCAAGAACCCUCCCUUCAGGAUUGCGGAGGAAGGAUGGGGUGAAUUCGAUAUGCAGAUCAGCAUGUUUGCAGACAAGGAACAUGCUGUGACACACGAUCUGAACUUUGCCCAAUCGCGCUACGAGUCGAAGCAUCUUAUUACGUUCAAAAACCCCAAGCCUGCCUUAUUGGCUCUUCUCCGUGAAUCGGGGCCUGUCCCUGGAGAUGAGAAUGGAGUGAAGACGAAGCGCUCGGCCGGAGCUGAUGAAGGGUCCAAGAAGAAGAAGCGAACGGAGAAGAACGUCGACAUGGAUAAACUGGCCGACGGCCUCCAGAGACUCGGCGAAGAUGACCUUCUCCAGGUGGUGCAGAUGGUACACGACAACAAAGCACCAGACUCAUAUACCAAGAAUGACGUUGAGCAGGGAGAAUUCCACGUCGACCUCUACACCCUACCAGACGCCCUAAUCAAAAUGCUGUGGGAAUUCACGCAAGAAAAGGGAGCUCUGUAA